AUUUGUUCAUUUUUGACAUACUCACUUCGACUUGCUCACUACGACUUAACCAUUUCCUCACUUCCACUCCUCUCUUGUUCCACACUUUAUCUUUGUUUCCCCCCAUUCGGCCACCAACUGCAUUAUACAAAAACGACUCCCCCUUUGAGAGAACACCCAACUGAGCUCGCUUCCACCCCCUUUGAGAUAACACCCAACUGAGCUCGAUUCCCCCUCCCCACUUUUGCGCCUCCCCCUUGUUCAAAAUGAAUACCUACCACAGCUUGCUGUUCCUUCUGGCCAUCGUGCUUACUGUUAAGCACACCUUCGCAAAGGUCACCGCGGAGACCCAAUGCAAAAAUGGCUAUGUAGUCCAAAUGAGCAAUCAUUUUGAAUGCAAAUGCAACGACGGGUUUGUUCUGGCAAAUGAAAACACUUGCGAGGAAAAACGCGAUUGCACAAAUCCACAAAAUGUAAAUAAAAACUGUGGAGACUACGCUGUGUGUGCAAACACCAGAAUGAAUAAUGAGGAAAGAGCAUUACGAUGCGGCUGCAUAUUAGGGUACACCGUAAUGAAUGAGGUGUGUACUCCAUAUAAAUGUAACGGCGUUCUGUGUGGAAAGGGAAAGUGCAUCUUAGAUCCCGCUAAUGUGAACAGCACCAUGUGCUCUUGUAAUAUAGGAAGCACAUUGGAUGAAUCUAAAAAAUGUGGAAAGCCAGGAAAAACUGAAUGCACGUUGAAGUGUAAGGCAAACGAAGAAUGUAAAGAGACUCAGAAUUAUUACAAGUGCGUUGCGAAGGGAAGCGGCGGAGAAGGCAGCGGUGGAGAAGGCAGCGGUGGAGAAGGCAGCGGCGGAGAGGGCAGCGGCGGAGAGGGCAGCGGUGGAGACACAGGAGCAGCUUACAGUCUCAUGAACGGAUCUGCAGUAAUCAGCAUACUACUUGUAUUCGCCUUCUUCAUGAUGUCAUUAGUGUAG